CCAUUUCUACCCCUCAUUACUGUGAGAUUUUAUUUUCUCUUAGUUCUGUUCAAAAAACCAAAAAAGAUUAGUUAUUUUAAAAGUUUAAAGAUUACCCAUUAGUUGUAAUUUAUGGUCAGAGUCAAAAAACAGUGAUCUUUAGUUACGAAAUGAUAAAAAGAUUGUGUUUUUUUGCUAAUUUUUGAACUGGGUAUCUCUCUUUUUAAAGGAUCUAUUUUUAUUUUUUUCAGCUCUUGUUUUUUGUUUUUUUAAGGCUCAUGGCUGGGAGUAAUGAAGUUAACCUUAAUGAAAGCAAGAUGGUUGUUCCGCUGAAUACGUGGGUGCUUAUCUCCAAUUUUAAGUUGGCUUACAAUCUUCUUCGUCGUCCUGAUGGAACUUUCAAUCGUCACUUGGCAGAGUUCCUUGACCGGAAAGUUCCCCCCAAUGCGAACCCGGUUGAUGGGGUGUUCUCAUUUGAUGUUGUCAUUGACCGUGGAACUAGUCUCCUCAGUCGGAUUUAUCGGCCAGCGGAAGCUGAGCAAUUGCAAGCAAAUCUUGCUGAACUUGAGAAGCCUGUGACUGGUGAUAUUGUCCCUGUCAUUAUAUUCUUCCAUGGUGGAAGUUUUGCACACUCCUCUGCAAAUAGUGCUAUAUAUGACAUGUUAUGUCGCCGACUGGUGGGUCUUUGUAAGGCUGUGGUGGUCUCUGUGAAUUAUAGGCGUGCACCUGAAAAUCGAUAUCCAGCUGCUUAUGAUGAUGGAUGGACGGCUCUUAACUGGGUUAAGUCAAGAACUUGGCUUGAGAGUAAAAAGGAUUCCAAAGUUCAUAUAUACCUGGCAGGGGAUAGCUCCGGUGGUAACAUUGUACAUCAUGUUGCUUUAAGGGCAAUAGAAUCUGGGAUUGAUGUGUUGGGAAACAUACUGCUCAACCCGAUGUUUGGCGGGCAGGAGAGAACAGAAUCAGAGAGUCGAUUAGAUGCGAAAUAUUUUGUCACUGUUCAAGAUCGGGACUGGUAUUGGAAAGCUUUUCUCCCUGAGGAGGCAGAUAGGGAUCAUCCGGCAUGUAAUCCUUUUGGUCCAAAAGGUAAAAGUCUCGAUGGAAUUAAAUUUCCAAAGAGCCUUGUCGUGGUGGCUAGUUUGGAUCUUAUUCAGGACUGGCAGUUGGCAUAUGUGGAAGGGCUCAAGAAAGCUGGCCAAGUUGUGAAACUUUUGUAUCUCGACCAAGCAACAAUCGGCUUCUACUUAUUGCCGAAUAAUAUUCAUUUUCAUACGGUCAUGGAUGAGAUAAGUAAAUUUGUCUGCUCUAACUGUUAAUAUUACUUAACUUCACCAAUCGGCAGCUAUACGUGACAGAAGUUUGACAUUCUGCUUAGGGAUAAUUAAGGGUGGUUUUUGUUUAUAUGAUUGUCUAGUAUUACUAAUUAGUUUUUCGUUGAAUUAUGUGUUGUCGGUUCUGCUACUCUCGUGUCUGGUUCAUCACAACUAGGCUUUGUUAUCGGGUGCAGAAGGUGUUCAGCGUCUAGCUGGCUUGGAGCUGGUAUGUGAUCUGUUAUACGCCCAAUGUCCGGGCUUUAAUGUAGUUUGAUUAAGUUUUAAAGCAGCAGGAAGCUGUUUAACUAAGUUUGAUGAAGUUCGCAGCACAACGCUGCUUAACUACGUUUAGCAGACCCGCUAAAUUUAAGAUUACCACUUUCGGCUUCCGACGAUUACGUAAAGGAAGACAGACGGUGCAGGGUUGCAUUUGGUGGCUGCUUAAUUAGGUUGAUGCCUUGCUAAUGUUAUAUAGCUAAUUUUAGAACAUGGAUGCCAAAGCAAAAAAUUCCAUGGUACUAUGAUCCUUUUGAUGUUUAUACAUAUGCUUUUAGUAUGUGUAAAGGUGUUUUUGCUUAUAUUCCACAUGUUGUUCAAUUU